AUGCCGUAUACGACAGCAGGGUCAGAAUUCCUUUAUGGCACAUUCUCUGUCCUGGCAGCUCUUACAGCUCGGCGGAGGAAGCUCUACAGGCUCUACAGGCUCCUACCACCUGGCUACGGCAUUGACACGAAGCGAGCCAGAGCCAUGCAACCAAAGCAAUCGCCAGAGGAGGUUCGGCUGCACAACCGGAUAAAUAACCUUGCCGAAGACUCUGGAGUACACGUGGAAGCCGUGUCGGGACCCCGUUGGCAAGGCAUCUUUUCAAAAGCAUCAGACGGACGACCGCACAACGGCUGGAUCCUGGAGGCUUCUCCGGUUCCGAAGCUGCCUGUCACGGUACUGUCUCCUGUCAAGCUGCCCUCUGAUCCGAUCACGGUAUCUAUCGGAUGGGCAUCUGAGGAGGAGAAGGCUAUCAACAACGUAUUCAACGUGUCGGGUAACAAAGCAACACUUCCCUCCGUGCGGCCUGCUCACAGAUAUCCUUUCAUGCUGCUGCUCGAUUGCAUCACCGACACCGGCAACUUUGGGGCCAUCGUUCGCUCCGCAUGGUUUCUCGGUGUUGAUGCAGUCCUCGUCUUGGAGCACGGUACUGCGCCAAUCACGACAAAUAGUGUGAAGGCUUCUGCAGGAGCGUUCGAGUAUAUGCCCGUUCUUCACGUCAAGAACGAAAGAGAAUUCAUCAAGCUCUCGCGGAGGAAUGGAUGGAAAUUCUUCGCGGCGGAUGCGCCAGAGACAGCGGACAUCCGAAUGCGGCGGGCCAUGCACCAAGGACUACAAGAGCCUUCAAAGCCGGAAGGCGCUCUGUUGCAACACCCCUGCGUGCUCGUCCUCGGCAAUGAAGAAUCCGGGAUCCGGGAUUUCAUGCGCACGAUGGUGGACGGUGUUGCCGGUAUCACUAAUGCGAGACCGGGGGUCGGAGAGAUAGACAGCCUCAACGUCAGUGUGGCGGCGGCUCUUCUCACUCAGAAGUUCUUCGAUACAGCGCCGGCCACACCCCCAGCAGAAGGAUGA